AUGGAUGAUAAUAUACUAGAAAACGAUGAAGAUAGCAUGGAUUAUGACCGUGAAUUCAGCAAUAGUACUCCUUUUCCUCCAAAAUGUGAAAAUGAAAUUGUUGGCAUUGAUUCAUUGACGAAAUGUUUUGAACAGCGUUACGAUGCUUGUCCUGUAUUCUUCAGAGGAUCUCUUCGAGAUGCAUGUCAAGCAGCUUUUAAUCCGAUCGUAAUUCAAGAACGUCGUCCAGUACUUGUUUACAUACAUAAUGACGAGAGUCUACUAAGUAAUAUAUUUUGUAAAACAAUAUUCUGUUCAACAACGAUUAUCGAUUAUUUACUUGAAAAUUAUAUAGUUUGGCCUUGGGAUAUAACAUUCCAGUCAAAUAAAAAUUCGUGA